AUGCAGGAUCGCCAUGAGCGUAUCCUCGAAGAAUUACUCAAAAAGGCAGGAAAUGAGCGAUGUGCAGAUUGCCAAUCAAGAAAUCCACGCUGGGCAUCGUAUUCUCUUAAAGUAUUCCUUUGUAUAAGGUGUGCAAGCCUUCACCGAAAAAUGGGCACACAUAUAUCAAAGGUUAAAUCCGUCACUAUGGACCAGUGGUCAUUAGAACAAAUUCAGGUCAAUACAGUAACACUAUAUAAAGAAUAA